UCUGAAGCACCUGGCAUUGGCCACUGUUGGAAGACAGGAUACUGGGCUAGAUGGAUCUUUGGUCUGACCCAGUAUGGCCAUUCUUAUGUUCUAUAACAGAUGAUUGUAUAUGUAUAUUCAUCUAUAACGGAAAAUUGAAGAACAAAAUUCAGUCAUCUGCUUCCACUAUAUGGUCCUACCAUGUCUCAAUCCCGUCAAGCAGCAGUGCUGGAGAUUCACACACCUCUAUUCUGUAGGCAUCCAAUCAGCAGUUAAAAUGAAGCAUUUUCUCUCUCCCAUUCUGUAGACAUUUUUCUCAAUUAAUUCAUAGUUAGUCUAAAUUCCAACUGAUAUCUUCUUGUUCAUAAAAGGGACAAAAGGGGAACAUUGCUUCAUCCCACUAGCUAAGGGACAAAUUCUUUGCAUAUUGACUUCAAGGGGAGCCCCACACAUGUACCCAAGAUCAGAAUUUGAUCUUUAAGGCUUUGUCUUCACUAUUGAGACCAGGGUUUAACCACGACUAGCUGACACAAUGCUUUACACCACUUGUCCUUGACUAUACUGACUUUUGAGUUAUAGUUAGCAUUUUGGUUAAUGUGACUUUUCAAGCUCAAGUUCUAACAUGAUAAAAUUUUGUUGCAAAGACCAGGCCUAAGUAUUGAUUGUGCCUCUCCACAAGUGAGUCCAGCUUGCUAAAAUACUCAGUAGUGUUCCAGAUGCUCUGCCUUUCUCACACCUAAUUAUUAUGCUAUUAGUUAUGAAGCAUCAAAAAUACAGGACACCCUAUAGUAUUUGAAGUAAUUAUGGGUAGAGGAUUAGAAUAUAAAUUGAAGAAGCAUUGUGAUAAAUGAAGGGAGGGUAGCUCCCUUUUAUGGAUAUCCAGCCAGCCAGUUAGCUAUUAAGUCUCUCUUGCUGGCUGCUUGCUUUACCUGUAAAGGGUUAAAAAGUCCUCCAGGUGAAGAAAAGGGAGUGGGCACGUAACCAAAAGAGCCAAUGGGAAGGCUAGAACUUUUUUUAAUGGGGAAAAAAGCUUUCCUUUUGUCUCUGUUGUUCUCUCUGGGCUGAAGAGACAGGGGCAGCUGGAAUGCCAUGUAAAGUUUGGACCAGAUUCAUCAACGUGCUGUAAUUAAGAGGCCAGUUGCCUGGACACAAUGGACCACUUAGGGACAGCAGACACUGAGGAUGAUUCAGGAUCACUAACAAAUCUUGUUCCUAGUCCUCAUAGUGAAGCAGUUGCUCAUGAAUUUCAGGAACUCUCAUUGCAGCCUAGUCAAUACUUACCUCCCCUCAACGAACGAAAGAAUGUACUUCAGCUUAGGCUGCAGCAAAGACGGACAAGAGAACAGCUGGUGGACCAGGGCAUCAUGCCACCUUUGAAAAGCCCAGCUGCAUUCCAUGAGCAGAGAAAGAGCUUGGAACGAGCCAGGACUGAAAAUUUUCUGAAGCACAAGAUUCGCAGUAGACCAGAUCGAUCAGAAUUGGUCAGAAUGCAUAUUCUGGAAGAGACAUUUGCAGAACCCUCACUGCAGGCAACUCAGAUGAAACUGAAGAGAGCUCGGCUGGCAGAUGAUCUGAAUGAGAAGAUUGCUCAGAGGCCUGGCCCUAUGGAACUGGUAGAAAAGAACAUCCUUCCUGUAGACUCCAGUGUUAAAGAAGCAAUUAUAGCAGUUGGACAAGAGAGUUAUCCCCAAGCUUUGGAUGAUUACUCAUUUGAUGAAGACAGCAGUGACGCUUUAUCUCCAGAUCAGCCUGCUAGCCAGGAAUCCCAGGGUUCAGCAGCGUCUCCUGGUGAGCCAAAAACAAGUGACUCGCCAUCAUCAGUCACACCGAACACUACUUCUACUACACAGCAGUAUCUCUCAUUAACUUCUGCAGUCCCUGAAUUCCUAAAGCCUGCCCUCACCACCGAGCAGCACACUACACACUCUACAACUCCUGCUACUACUCUGACCACAAAUACUAUAUCUGUAGCAAAACCGGGGCCAACUUUGGUAAAGCAAAGCCAUCCCAAGAACCUAAAUGACAAGCAUCGGAGCAAGAAAUGUAAAGAACCUAAGCCUAGGGUAAAGAAGUUGAAGUACCAUCAAUAUAUCCCACCUGAUCAGAAAGGUGAGAAGAAUGAGCCACAGAUGGACUCCAAUUAUGCUCGUUUGCUACAGCAACAGCAGCUUUUUUUGCAGCUGCAGAUCCUGAGCCAACAGCAACAACACUACAACUACCAGACAAUUCUACCUGCACCGCUCAAACCCCUCAGUGACAAACAAAACAACAAUGGGAAUAUACCACUGACUGCUUUGAGCAACAGCACUCCUAUGUCGGUAGCCUGCACACCAAGACAGAACAGUAAUAUUCCCAGCAGGAAACCAGGACCGCUUCCUUCAAGCUUGGAUGACCUGAAGGUAGCUGAACUGAAGAAGGAAUUGAAAUUAAGGGGAUUGCCAGUGUCUGGAACUAAAACAGAUCUUAUUGAGCGUCUAAAACCUUACCAAGAUCUUAAUAAUAAUGGUGUCAAUAGUAAUAAAGUGGUUGCAAUAACCACUUCUACUGGUGUCAUCAGUAACACAGGGGAGGUAACUGUGGCAUUCCCUGUUACACCAUUAAAUAAAUCAGUAGGGAGCUUUCCUGCAGAAACGUCAUCUGCUGGAACUGGCUUCAAAUUAGCACAUACUGAAAGCAUUAGCUCCCCUUUGCCCAUUUCACCAUCUCCUUCAGAACAAUCAAGUCUAAGCACAGAUGACACAAACAUGACAGAUACUUUCACAGAAAUGAUGACCAUGAUGUCACCAUCCCAGUUCUUAAGUACUUCACCUCUAAGAGUGACUGUGAAUGAAGACAGUCUGAGUCAUGCUAGUGGAAGCAUCUCAAGCAUGGAGCUUGAUGCAGCAGAAAAGGACCGCAAGCUUCAAGAAAAAGAGAAGCAGAUUGAAGAGCUCAAAAGGAAACUGGAACAAGAACAGAAACUUGUGGAAGUACUGAAAAUGCAACUGAAGGUUGAAAAACAGGGUCAGCAGCAGCAAUCCCAGACUUCUGUUAACUCCAUAACUAUGUUGGAUCAGCAACAACUAAAUGCAAUCAAAGAUGAAAACACUCUCACUGAUUGCUCUAGUCCAAGGCAACCAGUAUCUAUAACCAGCCAUUCUUUAGGACAGCCAGUGUCUACUGGUGGCCAGAACCUAGUUGCUAAAAAGGCUGUCAUCAUCAAGCAGGAGGUACCUUUGGCCAAAGCUGAACCACAGAAUGUAAUCUCUCAAUUCUAUGUGAGUUCACAGAGGCAGCCACAAACUGCAGUUGUUGCCCAGCCUCAAGCUUUACUAACUACCCAUGGAUCAACACAGUUGCUACUCCCACUGUCUAUCAAAGGACCGAAUUCAGCCACUUCAGUGCAGCUACCAGUGGGCAAUAUACAGCUACAGUCACAAGCAGGAAUUCAGGCUUCAUCACAAGUAUCUGCGCCUGUUUCAUCUUCUGGUCCAGUUCAGACAGCAUCACAGAUGCAUGGUCCACCAUCAAAACAAAAUACUGUCACACAGUAUGUGCUCAGUCAGGCCCAACAAAUCAGAAAGGUUUUCCCACCUAAUACAUCAAAUACAAUAUUUCCCUAUCAAAAUCCACCUGUUAAAACACUACAACAGCCUUUUAUCAAUAAGGCAUUAAACACUAGCCUUGAUGCUGGGAAGAAACAGGUUCCCACAGUGCAAAACGGACCCAAUAAGCCUGACUCACCAUCGGAGUCCCAACCAUAUAUCAUACAACACACACUGUUCAGCAAUCCAGGAACCAAGACAAAAGACCCUCCACGUUAUGAAGAGGCCAUAAAACAGACCCGCAACAUGCAGGCAUGUCAGCGAGAGAUUUCAAAUGCACACAGUCAACAGAUGGAUGAUCUCUUCGAUAUCCUCAUUAAGAGUGGAGAGAUUUCCCUCCCUCUAAAAGAGGAACCAUCUCCCAUUUCCAAAAUGAGACCAGUUACAGCCAAUAUCACCACAAUGCCAGUGAACACAGUGAUAUGUCGCCCACCACCACAAGUCCAAAUGGCACCUCCUAUGUCUUUAGAACCAACAAACAGUUUAUCUAUAAGUUUGGAGAACCAACUUGAAGCUCUCUUGGAUGGACAUUUACCUUCAGGUAAUGAAAUUCCUCAACUAACAAGCAGUAGCGAGGACAGAGAAUCAUUUUCUCUGAUUGAAGAUCUUCAGAAUGAUCUGCUUAAUCACUCCAGCAUGCUUGAUCAUGCUCAUUCACCCAUGGAAACAGCUGACCAACAAUUCACUGCUAAUAGUUCCUGUUUAUCUCUUGACCUUCCUGACACAAAUUUAGACAAUAUGGAGUGGUUAGACAUUUCCAUGCCCAAUUCCUCAUCAGGGCUUACUCCUCUGAGCUCUACUGCCCCAAGUAUGUUUUCUACUGACUUUCUAGAUCCACAAGACCUACAGUUGCACUGGGAUUAAGCUAUAGAGGUGCAGCAGAUGAAAAUUUGACUUUAUCUGUUUACAGUAUAGGUCCUUUAUGAUACUAUUCUGAUUGCAAAUAAGGUAAAUUACCACAGAAUGAUUGGAAAGGAGAAAUGCUUGAUGCUAAUUCUGCAUUAAUGUUGAAGUAUACAAGUAAGUUUCUUUACCCUUCUAUCAAUAAUGCAGAUCAGAGCCAUCUGGGAAUUAUACUUCACAGGUGAGAGAAUGAUUGUAGUUAUUGAUUAAAAGUACCACCACGAAGAAAGCAGUGUAUAUAGGAAAUAGCAUUGAUACACCUUCAUAAUGCUCAAACGAACUGCAAAAUGUGUGGUCAUUUGAUUAGACUUUAAACAGAAGAAAAAUAAUGCAAUCUGAUUUCAACCUACUGUACCAAUAAAGAGUAUACAUUGAGGGAAGAUAAGAUAUCACUGCACUUGAUUGUUCCUGUGGACAGCCUGAGCCAAGAUCAAGAGGCAUUGUAAGGGCAAAGGCAACUAAAAGCACUGGCUGGUUCAGUGAAAUUUCACUUGUCUAGAGUCUUUAAAUUUGUUCAAGUUGUUUUUGUAUUUUAUUUUCUGUGACUUUUAGAAAAUUCCUCUUUCUCUCUUUCAUUUUUAAAUCCUGAAGGAAGAACUUAACUGCAUCCAAAGGGAUAUUUUAAAUGUAAUCGCACACAAUCCACUGUAGCAAGGCCAGGUAUAUUGAGAACACUGAAUUUUCUAUAGCAACACUUUGGAUUUAUUAGAUAUGUAUAUAUCAGACAGUUAUUAGUAUACUUUUUACCUUUGUGACUUGUACAGCUUAUUUUUGUGGAGGCAGAGUAGCAGUGGUCACCAAACCAAUAGACUAUAGUAUUCUAAGAAUAUUUAAUACCCAAGUUUACUUCCAUUGUUUCAGAGACUAUUUGCUAGAGAUAUUCAUCUAGCUAAAUCUCUCAAAGAAUCAUUUCAGGAUAUUAAAAUGUUUACAGGACAAUACAAGAGGAGUUCCAUAUUAUUCUUGUAGGCCUUGAUCUUGCAAACAUUUAUGGACAUGAGUAAGACAUGCUGACCUCAGUUAAAAUUUUUGCAGGGUCACGGUCAGAAUGCAUAAGAUGUACACAAGAUAGCAACACACCGACUCCCUAACCCCUGAAUAUAUCUUAGGUAAAGAGCAAUGAAAAGAUAGAAAAGCUUCAAGAUGUAAAAUUCAACACUAUUAAGGAUUAAUGCUUCAAAAAAUAGAAUAGAUGACUGUAGGAAAAAAAAACAGUAGUUAGUUGAGGGCACGCUGGAUUGGUAGCGAGGGGUUGUCAUUUGUUACUACACGCCCAUAAUUUGCUCUUUAUAGAAUUUCUCACUUUUUAGAAACUAACAUGAAAAUGCUUUGAAAAA